AUGUCUCCGGCGACGAAGAGCCGAAGUUUUCCUCCGAUAAGCGAGUGUGGAAGCGGAGAGCAUGAUUCGAUUGCUGCAGAUCUGGACGGGACUCUGCUUCUCUCGCGAAGCUCCUUCCCUUAUUUCAUGCUCGUCGCCGUUGAAGCAGGAAGUCUCUUCCGUGGACUGAUCCUCCUUCUCUCUCUCCCGAUCGUCAUCAUCGCUUAUCUCUUCGUCUCCGAAGCUCUCGGAAUCCAAAUCCUCAUCUACAUCUCCUUCGCCGGCAUCAAAAUCCGCGACAUCGAGCUCGUCUCUCGCGCUGUUCUUCCCCGGUUUUACGCGGCGGAUGUGAGGAAGGACAGUUUUGAGGUGUUUGAUAAAUGUAAACGGAAAGUGGUGGUGACUGCGAAUCCGAUAGUGAUGGUUGAGCCAUUCGUGAAAGAUUAUUUGGGAGGAGAUAAAGUUUUGGGAACGGAGAUUGAAGUUAACCCCAAGACGAUGAAAGCCACUGGGUUUGUUAAAAAGCCAGGUGUUCUUGUUGGCGAUUUGAAAAGAUUAGCCAUCUCGAAGGAGUUCGGUGACGACUCACCGGAUCUUGGCCUUGGCGACCGGACCUCCGAUCACGAUUUCAUGUCCAUUUGCAAGGAAGGUUACAUGGUACACGAGACCAAAUCAGCGACAACAGUCCCCAUAGAGCGUCUCAAGAACCGCAUUAUUUUCCACGACGGCCGUCUAGUCCAACGUCCCACACCAUUAAACGCCUUGAUCGUUUACCUUUGGCUUCCUUUCGGAUUCAUGCUCUCAAUCUUCCGCGUCUACUUCAACCUCCCUUUACCCGAACGCUUCGUUCGUUACACGUACGAGAUUCUCGGCAUUCACCUCACUAUCCGUGGCCACCGUCCUCCGCCUCCUUCCCCCGGCACUCCUGGAAACCUCUACGUCCUUAACCACCGCACCGCCCUUGACCCCAUUAUCAUUGCCAUUGCUCUCGGCCGUAAGAUCACUUGUGUCACUUAUAGUGUCUCUCGCCUCUCCCUCAUGCUCUCACCCAUCCCUGCCGUUGCCUUGACCCGAGACCGCGCUGCUGAUGCUGCUCGCAUGAGAAAACUCCUCGAGAAAGGUGAUUUGGUGAUCUGUCCUGAAGGCACGACUUGUAGAGAACCGUAUCUACUUAGAUUCAGUGCUCUAUUCGCAGAGUUAAGCGACCGCAUCGUGCCUGUGGCCAUGAAUUGUAAGCAAGGGAUGUUCAAUGGAACGACAGUAAGAGGCGUGAAAUUCUGGGAUCCUUACUUCUUCUUCAUGAACCCUAGACCUAGCUACGAGGCCACUUUCUUGGACCGUUUGCCUGAAGAAAUGACAGUAAACGGAGGUGGUAAGACUCCAAUCGAGGUGGCUAAUUACAUUCAGAAGGUGAUCGGCGGAGUAUUGGGAUUUGAAUGCACUGAACUUACAAGGAAGGAUAAGUAUCUGUUGCUUGGAGGCAACGACGGCAAGGUUGAGUCUAUCAAUAAGACCAAGUCCAAGGAUUAA